AUGGCGUCAAGCAGCACUCGAUGGGAUAACCCCGAGUACGCAAUCACAAACAAAGGCUUGAAAAUCACAGCUGAGACGAGUCUGAUGCCCGACGGCGCGCACUUCUUAAGCCUCCGCUGCCAUAGAUCCAACGACCCAGGCCGUCGUCACCUCGGGAUUCUUCUCAGAGACCAAGGCGGUAAUGUCUUCCUCCGCUGA